UACUUUGAGUACUAUUUAUGAAAUUUUCCCUAUUUACUAAUCAGCCAAUCAUUAUAAGCAAGGACUUCCCCAACUGUUAUUUUCAAUUUUUUCUCAGAGCCAGAAAGUGCAAAAUACGUAUGGAAGUAUGGAACUGUGAAUGCAAUGUUACAUUCCAAAAGUAUAAAGUUAAAAAUGCAUUAUGACCACUGAAAACGAAAGAAGACUAAGAAAAGCAGGAGUCUACUCGGAUUUUUCAACCCACCUCUCCAUUCGUCCUCCACCAUUUUCGAGCCUUUUGUCUUCUCUUCUCACGUGACUCUCUCCUCUCCAUUCUCUAGGCCACGACCCCCUCGUCUCUUUCCUCACAUUCAUUUCAAGAUCUGAUUCCCUCUCUCACUUCCUCCUCCAUGCCUCCGUCGCUCGCUGCCUUUGUCUUCUUCUUCUCAGUUCUUCGCCUCAUUUCCUCAGCCUACUCGCACUUAUGCUCACCGCACCAUCAAUCUCUAUGCCCACCCUUUACUUCAAAUCCUCCUUUUCCCUUCUCUUUCUCACCUGGCUGUGGCCACCCCUCUUUCCAAAUCAAAUGCUAUGCAAAUCACUCCAUAAUCACCAUUAACAACCUCGCUUUCUCCCUCAUCCACUACGAGCCCAACUCCACAUCUCUCCUUCUCUCCCCCUACAUCACCAACUCGACAAUUAAAGCUAAAUCCCUUAGCACUAGCACUAGCAGCUGCUCAUCCCCUCACUUUCUUUCAAUCCCCAGCCGCUCCAUCAACCUCUCCUCUUCCCCUUUUCGCUUCUCCGACGGUUCCUGUAACCGCCUCUCUGUUCUCAAACCUUGCUCCCCCCCAAAUCUUCCUAAUUGCAGCCACUGUCCCUGGGAAUGCAAGCUCAUAAAGAGCCCGGUCAAGCUACUCCAUGACUGUGGAUCUAGUCGCAGCUCUGUUCCCAACCAGGGCUGCCAGGACGAUGUCUUGGGAUAUCUUGACAACUUCCUCCAACUCGGGAUCGAGCUCGAGUGGGACGAAGCUCAAGAUUCCUACUUCUCAAGCUGCAGAGAUUGCGAAGCCAACAACGGCUUCUGCGGCUUCAAUUCCUCCGACCCAUCACGGCAAUUCCUCUGUCUCCACGCCAAAGCUCAACUCUCACCCCCAUGGAUUAGCAAGCACAACCCCCAUCGCGUCGCCAUUUUGUGCUCGGUCUUGGCAGUGACUUGUUUGAUGGUCAUGGUUUCAAUUUCUUUAGCCAUAAUCAGGUCCAGAAGACUACACUCCGCCGCCACAGAAGAAGACCCGACCACAUUGUUCCUCCAGCGCCACCGCUCCGCCAGUCUCCUCCCGCCGGUAUUCACCUACGAAGAGCUGGAAUCAUCCACCAACAAAUUCGACACCAGGCGCAAAAUCGGCGACGGCGGGUUCGGGUCAGUCUACCUGGGCCAGCUCUACGACAGCCGCGUCGUGGCCGUAAAGUACCUCCACAAGCCCCACCACUCCGGCAAGGCCUUCUGCAACGAAAUCCUAAUCCUCUCCUCAAUUGACCAUCCUAACCUCGUCAAGCUCCACGGCUACUGCAGCGAUCCCAGAGGCCUUCUGUUGGUCUAUGAUUACGUCCCCAACGGCACUCUCGCCGACCAUCUCCACGGCCCGAAGAGCCUCUACCGGAAAGGGUCGAUGACGUGGCAGGUGAGGGUUGAUAUAGCUUUGCAAACCGCCAUGGUUAUGGAGUACUUGCAUUUCUCGGUGGUGCCUCCGGUGGUUCACAGAGACAUAACUUCGUCUAAUAUUUUCGCGGAAAGAGACAUGAGAAUCAAAGUCGGGGAUUUUGGGCUGUCGAGGCUUUUGGUCUUCCCGGAAACGACGUCGUCGAGUUCGGGGUACGUUUGGACCGGGCCUCAGGGUACCCCGGGUUACUUGGACCCGGAUUACCACCGGUCGUUCCGGUUGACGGAUAAGAGUGACGUGUACAGCUUCGGGGUGGUGCUGUUGGAGUUGAUUUCGGGUCAGAAGGCGGUGGACCAGAGGAGGGACAAGAGGGAGUUGGCUUUGGCGGAUAUGAUGGUGUCCAAGAUCCAGAUGGGCCUGCUCCAUCAGGUAGUCGACCCGGUUCUGAUUGUGGAUGGGAAUGUGACGGAUGGUGUUGACGUGGCGGCAGAGCUGGCGUUCAGGUGCGUCGCGGCGGAGAAGGACGACCGUCCAGAUGCCAGGGAGGUGGUGCAGGAGCUGAGGCGGAUCAGGGGCCGUACACGUGGGAUUAGCCGCGCUUCGAGUUCGAAUGUGAUUGGCGCUGACGUGGCAAAAAGCUGAUUUGACUGGUUGUAGGGUCUGUUGCACAUGUGCAAGAUUUGACUGAAGAGAAAGAAGGACGAGUCUCUCAAUCAGAAGCACAGUUGCAUAAGAUUGUGAAUAGAUUUGAUGGGUACCUACUUGUUACAGAAUGGUAAAUAUACAACUUUUCAACUGUGCUUUUACCCUGUUUCUGGUCUUUUUAGUCUUUGUUGCCAAAUGGUAAAUAUGGAAAACAAAAGAGGAUGAAAGUAGUAAAAAGGGCCCAACCGGGUUCGAACCGGUGACCUCUUGAUCUGCAGUCAAAUGCUCUACCACUGAGCUAUGGACCCAUUCUGAUUGUUUAGCUAACCAUUCGCAUAUGGUAUUCUUUCUACUCAAAUAUGUAGAGACUUAUAAGGGCAUCAAAGCAUUGUGUACUACAGUCCACACAUGCAACAGUGUGUUUAUGCAACAUGAGAAGAAAACCAAGACAUGAAAUGGGAUUGCAUGUCAGUAAAAGUGGUUCUGUACUUCUAUUUCUCAGUUAUCGAAAUGGAAUGUACAUAUUUGUUACCGUGGAAAUAUUGCAUAUUCUUAUUUUGUGA